AAAUUAAACUUGCAGGCAAGCUUCUUCACCAACCCCAUAAUAAGUCUCAUCAACAAAAUAUUCUCUCUUCCUUUUUUUUGCCUCAAUACAACAACGACAUUAAUGGAGGGUCUGAUUCCGUUGGUUUUCCGGACGAUCAAGAGAACCAGAACUCGCCGGCAAUAUCAGUGCCUCUCCUCCGGCGGCGCGGCGGACGGCGGUGCCUUCAACAUACAAGAUUUCUAUCCAAAUGGUUAUUACGGUGGCGGCGGCAAUAUGAUCUCCCAGAAUGAUUAUGGUUAUAACGGUGAUCGGAGGAAGGGCGGUGAGAACGUGGGCGCAGAUGGGAGGAGACACCGGCGACAUAUGUCCCUCCAAGUGGAAUAUUCCGGCGGGUUUUCGCCGGAGCGUGGCGCUGCCGCCGCUUCUAAGUCGUCGAAACAACUUGUGAGGUUUAAGAGCCACCGGAUGUUCUCAUGCGUGACCGGAGCAUAAGAGAAGGACAAGCUUGAAAAAUGUGUAUAUUUGUGAGUUUUUUUUUUUUUUUUUUUAAACCUGUUUCACUGUCUGUGAUUCAGGUUUGAUCAUUGUAAAUAUUGGACCAUAAUAUUGUCAUCCCAAGUGAGUCAAAAAUUGGCUCGAAAUUGAAGGAUGUGAUUCAGUAUUUCAAAUAAAAUAUAUGUUUUGUUUCAAUUAAAAAUUUUAAA